AUGAAUAACGAUUCAUUAAGUCGUUCUUCGUUGUUUUUCAGAUCUUCUCUCGAUCUUGGAUCUCCCAAUUUUAAACCUGAACCUAGAUCGAAAUGUCUGUGGUCGGGAGGUUAUUGCGAUACAAAGCGCGGUUGUUGCUACCCUACGACCGGAAAGCCAGCAGAGGAUUUUACCAUUCAUGGACUCUGGCCUAAUUUCAACAAUGGAACCUAUCCUCAAACCUGUGAUCUCAGCAACCCUUUUGACAAGUCUUUGAUCUCGGACUUGAUAGAGAGAAUGCAAAACGAUUGGCCAACUUUAAGCUGUCCAAGUAGAGAUGGGUUCAGAUUCUGGGGUCAUGAAUGGAACAAACACGACACUUGCUCGGAAAAUGUCCUCGACCAACACUCUUUCUUCGAGAAAACUCUCGAUUUUAAAAUAUCCUCAAACCUUCUUCAACACCUGAAAGAUGCCGGUAUCAAUUCGGAUAAUGAAUUCUAUAGCGCGGACGAGAUAGAGGCGGCUCUCAAGAACGCGUUAGGCGUGUCACCUUACCUCGAAUGUAAUUUUGAUAGAGAAGGAAAUAGUCAACUCUCUCAAGUCUAUAAUGAUUAA